CCUCUCACCAGUCUUUCCUCCUCUUUUUCCUCUCGCUCUUGUUUGCUUUUCAGAUCGCCUGUGGCGUAUCGAUCUCUUUGUUUAAAUUUCAAUAAUUCCGUUCAACUCUCGUUCUUCUCGAUUCCCGUUUCUCGAAGAAACCGAAAUCAAUCAGUCAAAAUGGUUCGCUUCUACAGAGUCUCCGCUGCGACCCUUGUCACCGCCGCCACCGUCUCCGCCAUCCCCAUCCCAUGCCUCCUUCCCUUCCUCAGCGGCGCUGGUAGCCUCCUGGGAAGCUCCGGCCUGGGUGCCAGUCUCGGUCUCGGUGGCAGUGCCAGCGGCAGCGGCAGCGCCGACUUGGGCGCCAGCCUUGGUGGUAGCGGCAGCGGUAGUGGAAGUGCUGGUGCUGGUCUCGGUGCUGACCUCGGCGCCGGUCUGAGCGGCAGCGCUGGUCUGGGUGCCCUUCUGGGCGGUGGUGCCGGUGCCAGUGCUACCGGUGCUGCGGGUGCUGGUGCUUCGGGAGCUGCCGGUCUUGGUGGCUCCGCUGGCCUGGGUGGAUCUGCUGACCUGGGCGCUGAUCUGGGUGCCGGUCUUGGUCUGGGUGGAAGUGGCAGCGCUGGUGCUGGUCUUGGUGGCAGUGCUACUGGUGCUGCGGGUGCUGGUGCUUCGGGCUCUGCUGGCCUGGGCGCCGACCUUGGUGGAUCUGCCGGUCUUGGUGGCAGUGCUGGUCUCGGUGCUGGUCUGGGAGGAAGUGCUACAGGUGCCGCUGGUGCCGGUGCUUCUGGCUCUGCUGGCCUCGGUGGCUCUGCUGGCCUCGGUGGCUCUGCUGGUCUGGGUGGUAGCGCCGGCCUUGGUGCUGGCCUUGGAGGAAGUGCUACUGGUGCCGCUGGCGCUGGUGCUUCCGGUGCUGCUGGUCUCGGCGGUUCUGCCGGUCUUGGUGGCUCCGCCGGUCUGGGCGCUGGUCUCGGUGGCAGCGCUACUGGUUCUGCUGGUGCCGGUGCUUCGGGUGCCGCUGGUCUCGGUGCUGGUGCCGGUCUUGGAGGCAGUGCCACUGGUUCUCUCGGUGCCGGUGCCUCGGGCAGCGCCACCGGUUCUCUCGGUGCCGGUGCCUCGGGUGCUGCUGGCCUUGGUGGAUCUGCCGGCCUUGGUGGUAGCGCUACCGGUGCUGCUGGCGCUGGUGCCUCGGGUGCUGCUGGCCUUGGUGCUGGUGCCGGUCUUGGAGGAAGUGCUACCGGCUCUCUCGGUGCCGGUGCUUCCGGUGGUGCCGGUGCUGGUCUUUCUGGAUCUGGCUCGGCUGGUCUCUCUGGAUCUGGAUCUGCUGGUGUCGGUGCCAGCCCCAGCGGCAGUGUCGGCGCUGGCCUCGGUGCUUCCGGCGGUGCCUCGGGUGAUGUGAGCGGCAGCGGAUCUGGCUCUGCUUCUCUUGGUGCCGGAGCUUCUGGCAGCGGUGAUGACGAUACUGACGUCGGUGUUUCCCCCACGACUGCGGAAGCUCCCAGCGCCACCACCACUUGGGUCAGUGCCUCCACCAGCGUCUCUCUCGGUCCUUACGGCGGCGCCAGCGGUAGCAUCACGGCUGGAGGAUCCACGGGCGGCGACGACAGCGACGAUUCCGGUGCCGGAGCUGAUGCCGAUGCAGAUGCGGAUGCUAGCGCGGAUGCCGAUGCCAGCGCUGAUGCGGACGCCUCUGCCAACGCGGAUGCCGAUGCCUCUGCCAGCGGUAGCGGAAAUGCUGAUGCCAACGCUAGUGCUGGGGCCUCCGUUAGUGGUAGCGCUGAGGCCUCUGCUAGCGCUAAUGCGAAGGCUUCUGCGUCCCUAAACUUCUCUGCUUAAGGAGUUACGGCGUUGGUAUCGAUCGAUCGCUCUAAAGUGACACCACACUACCUUGAGCUUCCGGGAAUCGAUUGUUUCAAAAUCGUUUAGGUAUAUCUUAUGGGAUGGGAAUGGGUUCAAUGCUGUCAUUCGUUUCAUGAUUAUAUUGUCUAAUUAUUUGCGUCGUCCUUUGUGACGAAUUCAACUUACACUGAGAUUGAGAGGAUCCAGGCCAGUCUGUC